ACUGCUUUCUUAAAUACAAUAUUAUAAACGAAUAGACAUUAAGGAGACAACAGAAAUGAAUAGCGCCUACAUGAGAUUCUAAUGUUGACAGAGGAAUUUAAAACAACUAGAAGACCACAACUUCACGACAAGACCACAACGUCAACCUCAUCUCAUUCGCAGUCAUCUGAUAUUGGGAAAUCAUCAAUUAACCCUAAUAAAGAUAAUUCUGUCACCAAAUCUACUGUUAAUUCUUCUGUUUACAUAGCGAUUCUCAUAUCUCUGUUGCUGAUUGUUGUAAUUUUGCUGUUUUAUUUGAGAAGAAAGUAUAAAAAGCCAAAUAUGCCAGCACUAUCACAACAGAUUAAUAGUACUGCUAAUAAUCACAACCACAUACAGACGAAUAGAAAUAAUGAUGAAUCUCAUGGUAACCAACUUCUAUAUGCUGAAUUAGAUUUGAAGAGACCACAAAAUAUAACUGUUAAUAAAAAGGAAGACGAAGUGCUGUAUGCUGAAGUGAAUCUCAUACAACAACCAAAGGGCAUCCAGAAAUUAAAAUAA